AUGACUUCGCCCAACGUCGCCCAGGUCGGCCACAGCCUCGUCACCGCCGUGGUGGUCGCCAGUGUUGGCCUGGUGGUAUAUCUGGUCGGGAAUGCGAUAUACAACCUCUACUUCCACCCCCUCGCCAAGUUUCCCGGCCCCCGCCUGGCCGCCGUGACUCGGUUCUGGCUGGCCUGGCAGUGUUACAAGGAAAAGGAGCCGUAUGUGUUGUUUGAGCUGUCCAAGAAAUACGGCCCCGUGGUGAGAAUAAGUCCAGCCAUGCUCCACGUGAGCGAUGCAACCAAACUGCCUGUCAUCUAUCACCGGCAAGCCGACAAGUCCAAGCACUACAUUACCGGCUCGUUUGGAGCCACCGAGAGUCUGUUUCAUAUGCAAGCACACUCGGAGCACUCCAAGUACCGCAAAGCCAUUGCUGGUCCCUAUACUCUGAGCAAUAUGCGAAAGAACGAGAGCCUCAUUGACCGACACACGGAGAAAUGGAUCAAACGCAUGGAUGAGUUGCUCGUCCAGCCCGGCCAGGAGUUCGACUUCUCGCUGUGGCCGGUCUUCUGGGCCUACGACGUCAUCUCCGACCUGGGCUUUGGCGGCCCCUUUGGCUUCAUCGACCAAGGCGCCGACGUGGACAACCUGAUCACGGGAUACCACGAAGGACUGCAUCUCUUCGGUGCCAUGGGUCGCUUGUAUCCCAUCACCAAUUUCGUCAAGAAAUUUCCCUGGAUCGCCAACAAAUACAUGAUUGCGAAACCGGAAAACGACGAUGGAAUCGGCAUGAUCAUGAGGGCAGGUCACCCAACACUCAACCCAACCCGCCACCUCGAACUCGGUCUUUUGCUGACACUGUCGGAGAUUGAAAGUGGAAAGUUCGACGGCCGCCAGGAUUUGCUGCAGUCGUUGAUGGAGAUCCGCACGACCGAGGGCAAGCCACUGGAGUUUGAACAUAUCAAAACCGAGGUGUUUAUCAUCCUUGUUGCCGGCGCGGAUACCGUGGGAACCACCGUGCAGGCGCUGCUCAACUACAUCACUCGCGAUGCCCGAGUGUACGAGAAGCUGAUGAAUGAGGUCGACAACGCCACCCGUGCCGGCCAUCUCAGCAAACUGGCCCAGUUCGACGAGGUAUUGCAGCACCUACCAUAUUACAUGGCUUGCAUCAAAGAGGCGCAACGCCUGUGUCCUCCUGCCCCGAGUCUAUUCCCGCGCCUAGUGUCCAAGGGCGGUCUCGAUCUGUACGGCAAGUUUGUGCCCGAAGGCACCGAGCUGACCUGCAAUCCCUACGUGGUGCACCGCGACUCGAAAAUCUACGGGCCCGACUACGAGGAAUUCCGGCCCGAGCGAUGGCUGGAAAGCGAGGAGCAAGCCACCCUGUACCAGAAAUACCAGUUCGGUUUCGGCUACGGAUCGCGCAUCUGUCUCGGCAAGGAGUUUGCGCGCUUGGAGCUGUAUAAGGGCCCGUUGGAGUUUUUGCGCGCGUUCAAACCCACCCUCGACCAGUCCCGCCCGCCCAAGUACCAUAUUGAGGGCGGCGAGAGUUGGUUCACUGACAUGUGGAUGAGGCUGGAGAGGCGAGAGCUGGUUCAUUGA